UUCCCUGUUCUCUUUCCCAAUGAAAUAGAGGAAGAGAUUAUCUGUGCCUGUGGAUAGGUCAAAAUAACAAAACAAACACUAUAAGAGAGAGAGCGAGAGAGAGCGAGAGAGAGAGAGAGAGAGAGAGAGAGAGAGAGAGGAGGAGUGAAGUUCAAGUCUCCUAAGCACAGCUUUUUCUUUACACAAAAAACAGCAAAGCUCUGAGCUUUUUAUCUUAUCCCCUUUGCCUUCUCUUUGUUAAAAAUGUCUUGCGUGCUAUUCUAUUAUCAAUCCCUCUGAGCUAGGCAUUCCAAAAACCAAAAAAAAAAAAAAAACAAAACAAAACAAAAAACAAAAGAAAAACUCUCAAAUCUCUUCCAUGGAGUUCGACCUCGAAAACCCACUUACAGAUUCCGACGACCUUUACUCCGACUCCGUCGCUUCUCUUUUUCUCGUCGAGUCCGAUCACAUGCCUUCCGACAAUUACUUCUCCAGCCUCCAAGCCGGCGAUUUUGAUGUUCUUGUUAGACGAGAAGCCAUUUCUUCAAUCUCACAGUUCUCAUGUAACUUCGAUCCUUUCUUAUCGUACCUGGCAGUAAAUUACCUUGAUCGGUUCUUGUCCUCCCAUGGAAUGCUGCAGCCAAAGCAAUGGGUUAUAAAGCUUCUUUCAAUCUCUUGCGUUUCUUUGGCUGCCAAAAUGAAGGACACAGAAUUCUCUCUCACUGAUUUCCAGGCUGAUGGUGGUAUAAUAUUUGACACACAAACAAUAGGAAGAAUGGAGGCACUAAUCUUGGGAGCCCUUAAAUGGAGAAUGCGUUCAAUUACUCCCUUCUCUUUCAUUCCAUUUUUCAUUUCUUUAUUCAAACUUCAAGACCCACCAUUGUGGCAAGCUCUUAAGGCUAGAGCUAUUCAUAUUAUCUUCAAAUCUCAAAAUGAUAUUAACUUCUUGGUUUAUAAGCCCUCAAUACUCGCUGCAUCAGCGCUUCUCUGUGCUUCUCAUGAGCUGUUUCCUCUACAAUAUCCAUGCUUUAGAAAAGCAAUUUCCAACUGCCCAUGUGUAAACAAAGAAAACAUAUCCAAGUGUUUCAACGCAAUGCAAGAUGUAUUGUUGGAGGAGUACGAGCCUUUAUACGGCGUCAUUUCAAGCUCGGUGACACCGGUCAACGUGCUUGACCAGCGCUUUUCGAGCUCAGAAAGUGGCAAUGGCACCACAUCGCUACGAUUAGAGAGGGACAUGAUCAAGUUCUUGGAGGAAAAUCAAUCAUUAAUACGAUAAUCGAACGGUCCAGGUUUCUCAGAUCAGGCAGUUCUGAUAAGACUGAUUGAACAGGUUAUCAGUUAUCCCUUUUGGUCCAUUUGAGAGUGACAAUAGCUUUUUAGCUUAUUAUCUAGCUUGGGCUACUGCAACGUAAACAAAAGAAAUGCCAAAAAAAAAAAAAAAAG